GGACUUCAGCAGGUAGGACCGGGUCGGGUUAACCAGGUAGGACCGGGUCGGGUUCAGCAGGUCGGACCGGGUGGGGUUCAGCAGCUCCUCCCAUUGGACGUCAGCAGCUGUCAUGGUGGACGCGGCGGCCGCGGAGCUUUUCCUGGACGCCAACCCGCAGUUCGCCAAGCAGUUCUACGACCUCAACUACCGACCCGAGGUCGUGUCCGAGCUGCUGGACGGCGGGCGGCGGGCGGCGCUGGACGUCAGCGCGCUCCACGAGCUCACGUCGGUGGAGGAGAGCGAGGUGCUCUUCGACCUGAUGAGGGACAUCCAGGACAACCUGCAGAUGGAGAGGUCCGUGUUCAACCUCAUGAGACACCUGAGCUUCAUGCUGAGGGCCGACCGCAUGAGCCUGUUCAUGUACCGGCAGAGGAACGGCGUGGCCGAGCUGGCCACCAGGUUGUUCAGCAUCAGCAAAGACUCACAGUUCGAGGACUGCCUGGUGCCGCCCGACAGUGAGAUCGUGUACCCGCUGGACAUGGGCAUCGUGGGCCACGUGGCCUCCAGCAAGAAGAUGGUCAACAUCCCCGAUGUGGCCGAGAGCGCUUACUUCAGCGACUUUGUGGACGAGCUGACGGAGUUCAAGACGAAGAGCGUGCUGGCGGUGCCCAUCAUGAACGGUAAAGACAUGGUGGCCGUGAUGAUGGCCGUCAACAAGCUGGACGGGCCGAGCUUCAGCGCCAAGGACGAGGAGAUCCUCAACAAGUACCUGAACUUCGCCAACCUGAUCCUGAGAGUCUUCCACCUGAGCUACCUGCACAACUGUGAGACCCGCAAGGGGCAGGUGCUGCUGUGGUCGGCCAGCAAGGUGUUCGAGGAGCUCACCGACAUCGAGCGUCAGUUCCACAAGGCGCUCUACACCGUCAGGGCGUUCCUCAACUGUGACCGCUACUCCGUGGGCCUGCUGGACAUGACCAAGACCAAGGAGUUCUUUGACCUGUGGCCGGUGCUCAUGGGGGAAGUUCCUCCGUACGAUGGACCCAAGACUCCUGACGGCCGGGAAAUCAUCUUCUACAAACUGAUCGACUACAUCCUCCACGGGAAAGAGGACAUCAAGGUCAUCCCGAACCCUCCGGCAGACCACUGGGUUCUGGUCAGCGGGUUGCCGACCUACGUGGCCGAGACCGGACUGAUCUGUAACAUCAUGAACGCCGCGCAGGAUGAUUUUUUCAAGUUCCAGAAAGAGCCUCUGGACGACUCCGGCUGGACCAUCAAGAACGUUCUGUCGAUGCCCAUCGUCAACAAGAAGGAGGAGAUUGUGGGCGUGGCCACGUUCUACAACCGGAAGGACGGGAAGCCGUUUGACGAGAUGGACGAGACUCUGAUGGAGUCCCUGACCCAGUUCCUGGGCUGGUCGGUUCUGAACACCGAUACGUACGACAAGCUGAACAAGCUGGAGAACCGGAAGGACAUCUUCCAGGACAUGGUGAUGUACCACAUCAAGUGCCGCAAGGACGAGAUCCAGCACAUCCUGAACACCAGGGAGCGCUGGGGGAAGGAGCCGGAUGCCUGCGAGGAGGAGGAGCUCCAAGAGAUUCUGACCGAGGUGCUGCCGGACUCCAAGGUGUCGGAGAUCUUCGAGUUCCACUUCUACGACUUCCACCACACGGAGCUGGAGCUGGUGAAGUGCGGCAUCAAGAUGUACUACGAGCUGAAGGUGGUGGACAAGUUCCACGUGCCCAGAGAGACCCUGGUGAGGUUCAUCUAUUCCCUCAGUAAAGGCUACAGGAGCAUCACGUACCACAACUGGAGACACGGGUUCAACGUGGGGCAGACCAUGUUCACCCUGCUGAUGACGGGCGAUCUGAAGCGCUACUACACAGACCUGGAGUGCAUGGCCAUGGUGACCGCCGGCCUCUGCCACGACAUCGACCACCGAGGAACCAACAACCUCUACCAGAUGAAGUCAGGUAAUCCUCUGGCGAAACUUCACGGUUCCUCCAUCUUGGAAAGACACCAUCUGGAGACCGGAAAGACUCUGCUGAGAGAUGAAUCCCUGAACAUUUAUCAGAACUUGAGUCGCCGUCAACACGACCUGGUGAUCCACCUCAUGGACAUCGCCAUCAUCGCCACGGACCUGGCGCUCUACUUCAAGAAGAGGACCAUGUUCCAGAAGAUCGUGGACCAGUCCAAGACCUACGAGAACUUGAACGACUGGACCAAGUACAUGAUGCUGGAGACCACGCGCAAGGAGAUCGUCAUGGCCAUGAUGAUGACCGCUUGUGACCUGUCUGCCAUCGCCAAACCCUGGGAGAUCCAGAGCAAGGUGGCGCUGGCUGUGGCUGCAGAGUUCUGGGAGCAGGGAGACUUGGAGAGGACGGUCCUGGAACAAAUCCCCAUCCCCAUGAUGGACAGAAACAAAUCCGCCGACCUGCCGAAGAUGCAGUGCGGUUUCAUCGACUUCGUCUGCACCUUCGUGUACAAGGAGUUCAGUCGUUUCCACGUGGAGAUCACGCCCAUGCUGGAGCGCCUGCUGAACAACCGCAAGGAGUGGAACGCGCUGAAGGAGGUGCACGAGGCCAAGCUGGCCGCCAUCGAGGAGGCGCAGAAGGCCAAAGAGGAGGCGCCGGGCAAAGCUGCCGGCGCCAAGCAAGCAGCGAGUGCGGCCCAGUCUGAUUCAAAGACUUGUAUUCUCAGUUGAAGAAGCUUCAACAGAACCAGAAAGCUUCAGUACUUUGUGGUCCAGUCGCUGCUUUGAUGAUGAGAAAUGUUAUUUAUGUAUUUGCUGUUUCACCUGUAACACAUGUUACACCUGUAACACCUGUAACACAUGUUACACCUGUUACAUCAAACAGUCUUAACUUUAGAAGCCGUCGCUUUGUGAACUAGGCGUUUAGUCUCCAUCGUCACUGGUUUGAAUCUAACUCAUGAUGACGUGUUAGUUUGAGCCUUUUUAGCAUUGCACACAGCAUCGUCUAUGUAUAUGUAUAUAUAUAUAUAUAUAUAUUUAUAAUAUACAUUCAUAAAUAUGCAGUAUUUAUUUAUUUAUAUCUGUAUUUAUAUAAAUAUAUAUAUAUAUUAUUUAUAUAUUUAUAGAUAUAUAAAUAUAUAUAUAUAUAUUUAUUUAUAUUUAUGCAGUAUUUAUUUAUUUGUUUAUAUAUGUAUUUAUAUAUAUAUAUAUAUUAUUUAUAUAUUUAUUGAUAUAUAUAUAUAUAUCUCAAUGUAACCCUUUUACUGUAGUUAAUGAGGAAAUGUGAUAUUGCUUUGUAGAGAUGAUUAAAUAUGCUAUUUUCUAAACGAU